AUGGCUGGGCCGACUCCCCACACGGCAGCCAACCUGACGCUGUUCCAGCGCCUCAAGUUCUUCAACCCAAUGCUCAUAUUCAUCAUGAUCUACCUUGCCAUGUGCGCAUUCAACUUCGGAUACGACGUGGCGACCUUCGGCGGUGUGCAGGCCAUGCAGAGUUUCGGUCGCCGAUUUGGAGAACAGGAUCCCAAGACCCUCAAGUGGGCGCUGCCAGGCUGGCUAUCGUCGGUCAUGACUGCGACACCGUUCUUCGGAAAGGCCCUCGGCUGCAUCUCUUGCGGCUGGAUCGCCGAGAAAUGGGGUCGCCGUGCUGCUAUUCUUGCUCUCUGCAUCGUCUCUGUUGUUGGUGUCGUCCUCCAGACAGCAGCAGUCAACUCGGCCAUGUUCACCAUCGGCCGCAUCAUCACCUUUGCCAUGACCGGCAUGGCCAUCGUCGUCGUCCCCAUCUAUCAGUCCGAGACUGCCCCCGAGGUCCUCCGCGGCAUGUUCGCCUCGACCAUCCAGCUCAUGAUUUCCAUCGGCGGCAUCGUGGCAGCGGGCGUCACUUACGGCACCAAGAGCAUGCAGAGCGAUGCUGGCUGGCGCAUUCCGACGGGCCUCCAGCUCGUCAUGCCUGCCCUAAUCUUCCUCUUCCUGCCGGUCCUCCCCGAGUCUCCUCGAUGGCUGCUCAGCCAGGACAGACGCGAUGACGCCUGUAAGAGUCUACGCAAGCUUAGGAAGAAGGCCACCGAGGAGGAGAUCCAGCUUGAGAUCGAGGCCCUUCAGUUCGCACACGCCAAUCAGGAGAAGGGAACCUGGGCCGAGGUCUUUGACAAGUCAAACAGGGUCCGCACUGGUGUCGCCGUGCUCGCCAUGUUUGGGCAGCAGAUCACUGGCCAGGCUUUCCCUAGCCAGUACGCUGUCAUCUUCUACCAGUCCCAGGGCUUUGGCGACAGGUCUUUCCUCUUGAACGAAAUCAUGCAUUGCCUGGGACUGGUCGCCAUUCUGUGCGUCUGGCUCUUUGUGGACGGCCUCGGCAGACGGCCUAUCCUGCUUUUCGGAGGCACCUUGAUGGGCCUUUGGCUCUUCGUCCUCGGCGGCAUAGGCUCGAUCGACCAGAAGGCCCUCAGCGAAAUCCAGAAGAACGUUAUGGUAGCAUCGCUCAUGCUCUUCUCGUUCUCCUUCAACCUAUCCUGGGCUCCCGCGUCUUACAUUGUCGUAUCGGAAGCGGCUGCCUCUCGAGUCAAGGAAAAGACCAACUUGCUCGCGUGUGUCAUCUCCGUUCUGACCACUUUCGUGACCUCCUUCACCUUGCCGUACCUGAUCAACGCCAAGUAUGCCAACCUUGGUGCCAAGGUCGGGUACAUCUUCGGCGCCAUCAACAUCGUCAUGGUCAUCCUGGUGUUCUUCUUCAUCCCCGAAUUGCGGGGGCGCACUCUGGAAGAGGUCGACCAGCUCUUCGCCAGUGGUGAACCUUUGCGAAAAUUCAAGAAUAUCGAGACCAGGAGGGCGGAGGAGCUUUACGAAGCUCAGGUAGAGGGCAAAGGCCGUGACGGUGUAUCGGAAGUCAAUGUGGAGCGGGCGUAG